CUCCCGCAAAAAAUUGUACCGUAAUCGAUAACACUUUCUUGGCGAACAAAAUGUUUAAAUCUGUCGUCUUCAAUGUUCUCGUUUUGAUAACUUACGUUAAUAGUCAAAAUUCAAAUCCUGGACAACAUCGAAGAGCUUUGGUAAAUGUCAUUCGUGCUUUUAGUGGACUGUGCGCUAACACUACAGGUCUCAAUCUUGACAGCUGCAUUAUGAUGUUAGAGGCAGAGGAUGGAACCGAAUGGAAUAGUUGUUUAACCACUGGUGGCUUCACAGAUAACGCUGGUUUUCUAACGGCUGCCUGUGAUGCACAGAGAAACAUCAGAACGAUGAUAGCAUGUGUAAGAUCAGCCGCAAGAACAAACUGGAGGAAUGAAAGGAGGCGGAUUAUAACAGCUACAAGAUCUCUAAGGCCUAGGCAAAGAAGAACCCAGCGUCGUCAGAUGAGAAACGAUUACUUUUCGCCGAAAAUCACAGCAGCAAAUAACGCACAGGCAUGUCUCACGGUAUUGGCGGGAUAGAAGAUGUUUACUCAGUUGAUCAGACGAGGUAUUCUUAACACCAGAAACAUGUUUACUGUUUUUCACUAAAUACUAGCACUUAAGAAAUAUCUCGCAUUGCUAACUGUUUAUUUUGUAAACAUUUCACUGUGGGUGCCUUAUUAAAAAUAAAUUAACUGG